AUGUGCGACACUAAGUACGACCAACCGGAAUGCUUAGAGUUCGCUCAUCAUCCUGGUCCUGCAGCGCCUUUCGAUGAGAGCUCUCGCAGUAUCCGCUGCCAGAAAUGUGGCGACUGGGCCCUAGCUGGCUCUCGCUUCUAUACAAUCCACUAGCAAUAAAUGCAACAAAUUGUCUUCACUGAUAUUAGGCCGAUAAGCUUGAAGACUCGUAUUGGAUUGUGCAGGCAAUAGGUUUUUCUAGGAAACUACGAAUACCGCCACGGGAAUGCGUGAAGAUUGAUCGACGGCAUAGAGAUUUUGGAAAUGUAUUCGUACAGAAUCCAUAUAUAUACACUCUUUUCUUCCUAUAUGCAGCUUCUAGACAUUGAGAUCGAAUUAUAUAUUGUGU